AUGAAGCGACGGCGUGUAUCCAGAGUAAAAUUCCACGAACCCGACCAAUCAGCGUCGACCACGGCGACGGAUUUCUCAUUCUCUCUCACCAGAGUGGCCGUCAGUCAAAUUUGCCUCUCUGUUGGCUACAGAUCCACCUCUUCCUCAGCCCUCGACACUCUAACCCUAAUCACCACCCAGUUUCUGCAAUCCCUCGCCGGUCUCGCCGCGUCGUUCUCAAACACCGCUAAUCGCACAGAGGCUAAUCUCUUCGACAUCGUCAAUGGUCUCCAAGAUAUCUCCUUAUCUACUUCCGAUUGUUUUCCCGGUGGCUCAACGCUGCACGACACAGACGCGCACUGCUUGAUCAAAUCCGCUGUCAUCCGGAACCUCUCCGAUUUCGUCAGUUACGCUUCCGAGAUCCCUUUCGCGAAGCCGUUACCGAGACGGGAAAUCAAUGGAUCGUCGGGAGGAGACUUGAUACGUAUGCUCCGAUCGCCGGAGAUUAAAUCCAUUCCAGCUUGGCUUCCACCUUUCCCGGAUUCCAGCCUCUACCUCGAGCACUGUACAAAGGAGAAAUCCGAUCACCUGUGGGAAAACUCCGAUUCCGUAAUUGGCCGUGAAACUCUGCAGGAGAAUUCGAAAUCGGAGAGUGCUAGAGGUAGAAGAGGUGGAAGAUUGACGCAGAAUAGAGCGAAAGUGAGAUUCAAGGUGGAACGAAAUCAGAGCAAUGGCGGUGGUUCUCGUACAUUAGAUCGGUGGGAUAAUAAGGAAGGCGAAUUUGGCCGUGAGCUUAUGGUUAAGAUGAAAAUGAGAGACGAAUACAUCUACAGUGGCGAGUGGUCGAUUUUUCAGUGA